AUGGAUAUUGAGGUUCCUCAAAUCGUAGAGCCAGACGCUGACCCCGAUCUCAGCAUCAUCAACGAGAGAGAAGUAGAAAACAUGGUAGACGUCCAAGAAAUAGAGGUCGAAGUGGCCGAAAACGCAGAGAACCCGACGGUAACCAACGCACCCCGUGUCUGGCCUGAUGUCGACACGGACCGCGCAACGAGACAUCACAAGGAAGUGACCAAAAUCCAAGAGUCGUUCGAAGACGAGGUUGAUAUCUACGACACCACCAUGGUAUCGGAGUAUGCCGACGAUAUCUUCCAGUACAUGUCGGAGUUGGAGGCAAGUGAUGACAUCAUGCCCAACCCCGAUUAUAUGGAUGCGCAGGCAGAGGUCACCUGGUCAAUGAGGCAAACGCUCGUCGACUGGCUCCUGCAAGUACACUUGAGAUGGCACAUGCUUCCUGAGACCCUCUGGAUAGCUAUCAACAUCGUCGACCGCUUCCUCAGCAGGCGUCCCGUUGCCCUCGUUAAGCUCCAGCUCGUUGGUGUCACCGCCAUGUUCGUUGCAGCCAAAUACGAGGAAAUCGUCGCACCAUCGGUCGACGAGUUUGUCUACAUGACCGAGAACGGAUACACCAAGGAGGAGAUCCUGAAGGGCGAGCGUGUCGUCCUGCAAACCCUCGACUUCAAAGUUUCGCAGUACUGCUCACCGUACAGCUGGAUGCGUCGCAUCAGCAAGGCAGACAACUACGACAUUCAGACAAGAACCCUUGGCAAGUUCAUCGCAGAGGUUGCUCUGCUUGACCACCGGUUUUUGAGAUGCAAACCCAGUCUUAUAUCUGCGGUUGCAAUGUACAGUGCAAGGAGAAUGCUAGGCGGUGAUUGGAAUGAUGCAUUCGUGUUUUACUCUGGUUUCGUGGCCGAACACCUGGAGCCAGGUCACCAAUGGAUUUGUGAAAAGCUUCUUGAAGAGAAUUCUACGCAGCUAUACGUAUGCCAAAAGUAUGCGCACAAGAAAUUUCUCAAGGCCUCGCUUUUCGCCAUCGAUUGGGCAAAGAACAACUGGCGAUCAACAGGCCAGGACCACCUGAUGCUCAAGAAAUAA